AUGUGCGGGCUCGUGAGCGACCGCGCUCUGCGCUGCCUGCAGGCUUUCUCCCCGGACCCCUGCCCCAGCUUCUUCCGGCCCAAGGCCUGGCAUUCGGAUUUGGAGCCGCAGAAUACCUCGGGCGUCAGACCUUCGCCGCGGGGCCCGGAGGGCACGUUCCUCCAGGAUCGCCACGACGCGAGCAGCAAUGGGAACCCGCGCCUGCCUCACCCCUCCUCCGCCGGGCAGCAUCUCUACAGCCCCGCGCCGCCCCUCUCCCAUGCUGGAGUCGCCGAAUACCAGCCACCACCCUACUUUCCGCCUCCCUACCAGCAGCUGGCUUACUCGCAGGCAGCCGACCCCUACUCGCAGCUGGGAGAAGCGUACGCCGCCGCCAUCAACCCCCUGCACCAGCCGGCGCCCACCGGCAGCCAGCAGCAGGCCUGGCCGGGCCGCCAGAGCCAGGAGGGGGCUGGGCUGCCCUCGCACCACGCGAGCCCGGCCGGCUUGUUGCCCCACCUCUCCGGGCUGGACGGCGGCGCCGUGAGCGCCCGCAGGGACGCCUACCGCCUCUGGGACCUGCUGCUGCCCCACUUGCACGCUCUGGACGCCGCGGGCCUGGCCGAGAACCUGGGGCUCCACGACAUGGCGCACCAGAUGGAGGAGGUGCAGAAUGUCGACGACCAGCACCUACUUCUGCAUGAUCAGACGGUUAUUCGCAAAGGUCCUAUUUCAAUGACGAAGAACCCCUUGAGUCUCCCUUGUCAGAAGGAGCUGGUGGAGGCGGUGAUGAAUCCCAGCGAGGUCUUCUGCUCGGUCCCUGGAAGAUUGUCCCUCCUCAGCUCUACAUCUAAAUACAAAGUGACAGUUGCCGAAGUCCAGAGGCGACUGUCCCCGCCUGAGUGCUUAAAUGCUUCAUUACUGGGAGGUGUCCUCAGAAGAGCCAAAUCUAAAAAUGGUGGCCGAUCCUUGCGGGAGAAGUUGGACAAGAUUGGGUUGAAUCUUCCAGCGGGGAGACGGAAAGCUGCCCACGUCACCCUCCUGACAUCUUUAGUAGAAGGUGAGGCUGUUCAUUUGGCUCGGGACUUUGCCUAUGUCUGUGAAGCAGAAUUUCCUAGUAAAUCCGUGGCCGAGUAUUUAACCAGACCUCAUCUCGGAGGACGCAAUGAGAUGGCAACUAGGAAGAAUAUGCUGCUGGCUGCAUACCUGAUUACCCACGGGUUUGGCAGCCGGGCCAUCUGUGCUGCUGUGUCUGCCAUGCAGAACUACAUAAAAGAAGCCCUGAUGGUCAAAGAGAAAUCCUACAUGAACCCCGGAGACCAGAGUCCAGCCGAUUCUAGCAAAACCCUGGAAAAGAUGGAGAAGCACAGGAAGUAAAACAGGGGUGAACAAAGGGCCGAAGAGUCUGGAAGGAAAAGGACUUCAAAACCGGUCUUGACCAGGACAAACUGGGAACCCCGCUGGCCUGGGGGACAGAGUUUGUUAUCCACCUUCCCACGAAAAGGGCCUCCGUCGGAUUUCCAGAUCUUCACGUGCCCUCCUGGAAUCCUUAGUAUUUAAGGAGUGCUGAAGUGUCUCCUAAACUCUGGACGCGCUGUCGGGAGGUGACAAGUGCUGGUUCUUUACCCAUUAAGCUGAUACUUUAGUUUUUGGAAUCCCAUUCUUCCUUUCUCUGAAAGUGGUGCUACAAGUUUUGGAACCUUUUAAAUAAAUUCCCUGGGCUAACAAAAACCCACACACACAUAGCUGUUGAAAUGUCAAAUUGAUGUGAUUCAGAUCCACUAUAACUUUCAGCGUUAAGGUAAAAGUAUUUAUGUAGCCUCUUCAGUCUCAUCCUACAUACCGCGGGAGGCAAGGAUUCUAUCCGCUUAAGAACUGGUUAAUAG